UUCUCUAGAGGUGUUACGCCGGGUUUUAACUAGUCGGCGCUCUCUUCUCCUCUUUCAGUCUCCACGGUGCAGCAACGCCUCUCGCCUGUCUCGGCAGCAGUGGCAGCCGUGUAGUAGUAAUCUGCCCACCGCGCACCGAGCUCGCAUUUUGUGUGCCACCGGGAGAGGCGCGACAGACUGCUGCGCGUCAAGGGACACCAGUCACCAUCCGGACGGUUCAAGCUACAUCGCGCCGUAGGCAAUGACAUUGGCAGACUGAAGUGGGAAUACACUAGAAAACGCAACAAUGACGGUGGACUUUGAAGAAUGUAUAAAAGAUUCACCCCGAUUCAGGGCUGGCAUUGAUGAUGUGGAGACGGAUGUGGUGGAGAUUGAGGCAAAGCUCGACAAGCUGGUGAAGCUGUGCAGUGGGAUGAUCGAUGCUGGUAGGGUCUACGUCAGUGCCAACAAGCUAUUUGUCAACGGCAUAAAGGAUCUGUCCCAGCAGUGCAAGAAAGAGGAGAUGAUAUCGGAAUGUCUUGAAAAGUGUGGAGAACGCCUCCAGGAGAUCGUCAACUACCACAUGAUGUUGUUUGACCAAGCUCAGAGGUCAAUCAAGCAGCAGCUUCACAUCUUCAUCAAAGAGGAUGUACGUAAAUUCAAGGACACCAAGAAGCAGUUUGACCGUGUGCGCGAGGAUAUGGAGCUGGCCCAGGUGAAGAACGCCCAGGCUCCCAGGAACAAGGUGCACGAGGCUGAAGAGGCCACACAGGCCCUCAUCCUCAGCCGCAAAGCCUUCAGGCACCUGGCACUAGACUACGUACUACAGAUUAAUGUUCUUCAGGCCAAGAAGAAGUUCGAAAUCCUGGAUGCAAUGCUGUCCUUCAUGCGUGCCCAGUACACUCUGUUCCAACAAGGCUUUAACAUCUUGGACGAGAUUGACCCCUAUAUGAAAAAACUGGCUGCACAGCUGGAUCAGCUGGUCAUUGACUCGGCCAUGGAGAAAAGGGAGCUGGAGCACAAACACGCCCUAAUCCAGCAAAGAACUCUGAUGCAGGACUUUUCUUAUGAUGACCCUAAGUUGGAAUUCAAUGUUGAUGCUGCCAAUGGUGUGGUCAUGGAGGGCUAUCUUUUCAAGAGGGCCAGCAACGCCUUCAAGACCUGGAACAGGCGGUGGUUUUCAAUACAAAACAGCCAGCUGGUCUACCAAAAGAAACUCAAGGACUCUUUGACAGUGGUGGUGGAAGACCUGAGGCUGUGCUCUGUCAAAUUGUGCGAAGAUAAUGAGAGGAGGUUUUGCUUCGAGGUGGUUUCACCUACUAAGAGCUGCAUGCUGCAGGCUGAGUCUGAGAAGCUGCGGCAGGCUUGGAUCCAGACAGUCCAGGCAAGCAUCGCCUCGGCUUACAAAGACAUCGCCGACAAUUACUACAUUGAGCGUUUGGACCGGACGGCCUCGCCCUCCACCAGCAGCAUUGACUCUGCCAGCGAGGCCAGAGACAGAGGGGAGAGGGCUGAUAAGGGAGUUCGAGGAGGCGGGGAAAGCCUCCUCCAGAGGGUACAGAGCCUGCCAGGCAAUGAGCUAUGCUGUGACUGCGGCCAAACGGCUCCCUGCUGGGCCUCCAUCAACCUAGGAGUGCUGCUCUGCAUCGAGUGCUCAGGGAUCCACAGGAGUUUAGGCGUCCAUUGCUCUAAAGUGCGCUCACUGACGUUAGACUCAUGGGAGCCAGAAUUACUUAAGCUGAUGUGUGAAUUGGGGAACACUGUGAUCAACCAUAUUUAUGAGGGAGCCUGCGAGGAGCUGGGAGCAAAAAAACCUGGUCCGUCUAAUUCAAGACAGGAAAAAGAGGCCUGGAUCAAGUCUAAGUAUGUGGAGAAACGCUUCCUGAAGAAAAUAAGUGGGAGUGAGGCCUUGGUGGAGGGUGAAAGGAAGUCCCGGCCCUGGACGGUGAAGAAGUGCCGGCGACACAACAGCUCUGUUCGCGUCCCCAACAAGGCCCGCAGGAAAUACCAUCGCUACGAGCGGGGCAGCGCUUCACCCGCAAACCUCUCAGCAGCAGCUGCAGCAAAGUUUCGCCGGGACUCCCUGUUCUGUCCAGAUGAGCUGGAUUCAUUAUUUUCCUACUUUGACACUGGCUCUGGUCCUCGCAGCCCCGCAGGUCUUAGCAGCGACAGCGGUCUGGGAGGAAGUACUGAUGGCAGCACAGAUAUCCUGGUUUUUGGCUCAGUGGUGGACAGUGUCACAGAAGAAGAGGAGGAGUCAGAGGAGUCCUCCAGUGGGGAAGUGGAGAUUGAACAGGAAGUGUCUUCAGACUCCGAAGACCCGAGAGAGCUUCACCCUGGGGCGCUCCUCCAUCGAUCCUCCCAUCUACACAACCUGCCACUCAUGGCAGAGGCAUUAGCACACGGUGCGGACGUACACGCUGCAAGUGAGGAGGAGGAGGGCAGAACGCCACUGAUUCAGGCUGUGGUCGGGGGCUCUCUGAUAGCUUGUGAGUUCCUGCUACAGAACGGAGCCGAUGUAAACCAGAGGGAUAUGCGAGGCCGAGGCCCGCUGCACCAUGCCACCUACCUGGGACACACUGGUCAGGUGUGUUUGUUCCUGAAGAGAGGAGCAUCACAGACUGAGGUGGAUGAGCAGGGUCAUGACCCCCUAAGCAUCGCUGUCCAGGCUGCCAACGCAGACAUCGUCACCCUAUUGCGUCUUGCCCGGAUGAAUGAGGAGAUGCGAGAGGCUGAGGCUCCCUUGGGUCAACCAGGUCAAUAUCACAGCAGCAGCCCCACUGAGCAGCAGUAUAGAAAGUGCAUCCAGGAAUUUAUCUGCCUCACCAUAGAAGAGUGCUAGUGGUUACUUCUGUAUCCAGGAGCAAAGCUUGUGCUCUCUCUUUCUCUCUCUCUCUAUAUAUAUAAAUAUAUAUAUACGUACAGUAUAUUCCUCCUGAAUGGGGACCUAAAUAAUUGUGUAGACUAAGUUGCCCGUAGACACCGAUCACAAGUCUGUUACUUACAUAGAUCUAGGCUUACGGGCAACUUCUUAGGGGUGUCUGAGGAGAGAGGAGUGUACCACUUGCGCAACAAUAUGGGGGUGCGUUGUGUAAUAGGGAGCCCCUGAUGGACCUUUUUAACUCUACUGACAAUACAGUCACCACAUCCAUUUUUCUGCAUCACCACUAUGUUUCUGCUUGCCAUUACUCUGCAACACCCACGCUAUGCUAGCUACAUGACACACGGUAAAAAUGACAUCUGCUUCUUGGUGUUUUGCUAACAGGGUUAUCCUCCAAUAUAUCAUAAUGUAAUGUAAACUGUUGUAUGGGGGUGUGGUUUUACUGUUGCCUAACAGGUCUUACCUCUGAAGACUCUCACUGCAUUAACCCCCCUACACUUUAUAUCUUUCUGGACCAUCUUACUUACCCAUCUCUUCUUAAUUGGAGAUGUAAAUAAAUGUACUUAGAAGUUAUAUGGGUAAUCUUUAAACUAUGUGCUGUGGCAUGAGGUGAAAAAAUGGUAUUCCAUUACGUAAAGAAAAAGAGUAACUGACAAGCUGCAGUAGAGGCAGGGUAGUUUACUGUGUAUAAAGAAGGAUUGGGAAGGGAAACCUAAUGAAAAACUGUGACAAAAAUACUGAAUGGCUUGUGGAGAAGAGACCCUUGCCUGCUUUGUAAGAUACUGAGUGAGUGAGUGAGUGAGUGAAUGAGUGAGUGAGUGAGUGAGUGAGUGGACAGGAGAUUAUACGAGCGAUGGUGUGUCAAAGAAUAAUGAGAGACAGUUAAAUAAUAUGAUAUGAUACAUUAUGUAAUGUUAAAAAAACUGCACUUUUCCCAGAAUAUUAUAAUUUUUCAUUUGGUAAGUUUUUACAUUGUUCUUGUCUUGUCAAGUUAGUGUCCAUCUAUCUAUUUUCUAUUGUCUUUCUGUCUUUUAUUUAUGUUUAUCUACCCCAGAGGACCUGUGCAAUGCAUUCUUGGGUGCAGUUUAUGUCUUCAUUUCUGUUAAUGAUUGUAUUUUUAAUCUGGAAGCAGGACAUGGAAUUCACAACAGGAAGUCUUUUAGUCUUUUAUAACAUUACGUAUUAGCACUCAUAAAAGAAAUUUUACAUUCACUUUCCCUUUGGAACGGCCUUACAUUGCUGUAAUAGUUAACAUUCAAACAAACCACUGAAAGAGAUUUUAGUAGUUUAUCUGUGGAAAUUCAACUUACAGUGCACCAUUUUUCAAAUGAAUUGCAGUCAUUUGUUGUUUACUUUACAAACUUUACACAUGACGAGUCCGAUGACUUUAGAUUAAAUGCAGCAUCAUUCAAACAGUGAACAUACUUUCAUGAAAGGAAGAACAAUUGACAUGCAAUUAGAUGCAAUGCCGAGGCUUCUCUUUGAACAUAGGAGAGAACAUACAUUUUAUAGUUUCUGGGACCUCUCCUCUAGAAACCCUUAUCAUUACAUCAACAUAACAGUGAGGUUAUUUAUUUAUUUUUUGGAAAUUUUAGGCCUUUAUUUCCGCAGGACAGAUGCAUCCAUGAAAGGGGAGAGAGAGGGGGAUUACAUGCAGCAAAGGGCUUCAGGUCGGAGUUGAAC